UUUAGCGCCACAACUGGCCAUCUGAAAGCUUUCAUUCGCGCGCGAAUUUUCCGAACGCAACUUUCAAGUGCGCUUUUAGACGUGCGUCCGGAUUUUCAAAAAUGUGUGCAGUUUUUUACGUAAAUCGAAGCAACUGAGGUAAAAAAAAGUUGAAAAGUGAAUUUUAUUUGUUGUUUAAAAAUUGCAAAGUUUCAGUGAAAACGUGAAUAUAAUUAACUUUUGCUGAAUUUUGGAUAGUUACUGCAUUUUGUUGAGAUAUUUUCAUAUCUUGAAUCCAAUUCAAAAGAGCAGAAAUUUGGGCAUUAUGGGUUGGGACCAGUGGCUGACCAUCUAAAGAGCGAGUUAGACGACCCAUAAAAACAAACUAAAUAUUCAACAUGCUGCAAAACCUGACGCAAAGAAUUUUAAACUGAAAAUGAGGUACUAAAUUGAGGAGGAAAAUCUUUUGAUCAUGAUCACUAAGGAUAUCCAGUUGGUGACAAGCUACUCUCCUUUGAACAAUACCAAUCUAAGUGACUAUCAGACAAUCGACAACGUGAAAACCAGUAUCGCAUCCGAUUCAUUUUCCUGCUUAGAGUUGCAAUCGGAUAAAAUUAAUUUUUUUCGUUUUAUCACUAAUGGAGUACUAUUGAAUUUUGUUGGAGUGUUUGGUCUGAUGGGAAACAUGAUAUCGAUGAUUAUCUUGUCAAGACCGCAGAUGAGAUCCAGCAUAAAUUAUCUACUGAUCGGAUUAGCCAGGAUUGAUACCGGGCUGAUUAUUACCAGUAUGCUGCUGUUUGGAUUGCCAGGGAUUUAUCCAUACAGUGGGUCAUUAUUCAACUACUAUUACAAAGUUUAUCCUCACAUUGCCGGUUUAGUGUACCCUUUGGCCACUAUAAUGCAGACUGCUUCUGUGUAUCUCACAAUGACAGUGUCUCUAGAACGCUACGUAGCUGUGUGUCAUCCUCUAAGAGCUCGAUCGCUAUGUACAUAUGGAAGGGCGAGAAUCUACCUUGUAGGAAUAGUGAUUUUCUCAGCACUUUACAAUAUCCCGAGGUUUUGGGAAGGCAAAGUGAAAUCCGAGUGGGUGGGUGAAUACAACACGACAAUCUAUUGUCCGAUGCAGUCCACCUUUAGAGACAAUGAGAUUUAUCAGACUGUGUACAUCCACUGGCUCUACCUGAUUUGCAUGUAUUUGCUGCCAUUCCUUUCCCUGG